ACAUCUCAAGUAUUUUCUUGUAGAAAAUUAUUAGUUGACAAAUCAACUGAAAUUUUUUCGCAAUUUCCAAUGAGUUUUUAUAAUAAGUUGAAAUUAGAAAGAUUCUCAAUUUCUAAUUAUAAAAUAAUCUGAGAUUGUCGUGUUGGCAGCUUGAAUUGAAUAAAACACAUGAGCGUGAUCAGAUCAGCUGUUGUACUACUUACAGUUUAGAAAAAAAUGAAUGAAACUUUUUAUAAUACAUUUUUAAAAUAAAGCAGGUUCAUUUCAAUCUCUUAAAAGUGUUCAAAAACUGUAAUAAUCCUGUCUUGAAAUAAUGAGUUCAACAAUUUUCAAGUUCACACAAUUCCAGUUAUUGAAAAGCUGUAAUAACCUCUGGUCGAUUGGACAGUUAUCAAAAUACAGUCAAUACAACAACCAAUAUGUAAGUCCUGUUCCAACCAAGGAAGGCCAACAACGAUUAGAAGAAUCUGGUGAGAUAAAGCCGCUCAAAUAUCUGCCAAUUAAGGCGGCUUGCACCGAUGAACAUUCACUGUACAACUAUGAUCCGGUUGUUAGGAAGUUUCAAAAUUAUUUGAUGAGGAAAGGUAAUAAAGAUCUUUCUCGUUCACUCCUCGAUAAGGCAUUUGAAAAUGUGAAAAGACUGCAACUGGCACGUUAUCACAAGGAAACAGAUCCAGAAGAAAAGGAAAAGAUUAUAACUGAUCCUCUCAAGAUUCUACAUUUGGCUGUUGAAAACUGUAAGCCUCUCCUGGUUCUCAUCUCAGUAAAACGAGGAGGAGCCUAUUAUCAGGUUCCAAUGCCAAUAACUGAAACGACGGCAAGGUUUUACUCAAUGAACUGGCUGAUAGAGGCUGGAAGCGACAAGGCCAGAACAAGUCGGUGGACUGAUCGAAUGGCGAUUGAACUCAUUGAUGCAUCCGAAAAUAAGGGACGAGUUAUCAAGAGAAAACAAGAUCUUCAUAAACAGUGCGAAGCGAACCGAGCUUACGCCCAUUACAGAUGGGGAUAGUUAUUUCUUAGAUUAAUGAUUGAGUACUAAUUAACAGCUUUAUAAAUAAAUGAUUAUACU